UGUCACUGACGGCGCACGAAAGCUUUCCUCCGCCAUGGAUCCUCCUGAGUCUGAAUCACCACCGGCGACCUCUUCUCCGAUCACCUCCAUCUCCGCCUCCGCGGUCGAAGAUCCUCUCUCGAGUCCGUACGCCUCUCUGAACUCUCACUGCCACGAUCUCUCCACGCUGCAGGACCUCGCCUGCCGCGGCGCGUGGCGAACGAUCCUAGACAAGGUGGCACGCUCGCGCUCGCUAUCCCUCCUUUCUCGGCCGCACGAGCAUCUAAUUUACCUCACUUUCAACGUCCUCGCCCUGGUCAAGCUCCGUCGCUUCGCCGACGCGCAGCAGGAGUUCGAAACCCUAGAUGACGAUCUCGGAUCGAAGCAAUACCAAUUCGAGUCGUUUCCGGAUCAGUACCCGAACAACAAGUCCGGAUCUAUGGUCCCGUUCGCGCUUCGUUGGCUGCACGCGCACUUGCCGUUUACGCUAGGUGAUCGCCAAUUAUCUCUCGAUCGCCUUUACGUUCUCCUGCAUUUCAUUAGCGACACGAAAUUGUCGCGCAAUCGCGAUUCGGUUACUGAAAUCUCGAUCGAUCUGUGGAAGAAGCGUCAGACAUUUGUGAUUAAUUCGAUUGUGAGUCAUCAUUUGACUCUGAAGGAAUUUAAGGUGUGUCUCUAUUUGUUGAAAUCGGAGACUAGUAAACUUGAGGAUCCGUUUAUGGUGUCGAAAUUAGGUUACGUUCAGAUGCAAUACGGAGAUCUGGAAGGGGCUAAACGGAGCUUUGAAUUGGUUGAGAAAAUGGUGGAGAAGAGUGAGGGUGGGGAUGCGAAUUUGAAUUUGAAUUUGAAUUUGAAGAAUUUGGUAGGUAGGAAUAAGGCAUUGACAUAUUUGGUUGGGAAGGAUUAUGUAUCUGCUGUGAGGGAGUAUGAAGAGUGUAUGGAGAGGGAUGCAUCCGAUUUUGUAGCGAUCAACAACAAAGCUCUUUGUUUGAUGUAUUUGAGGGAUUUGUCGGACUCGAUUAAGGUGCUGGAGAGCGCGCUGGAGAGGGUUCCGACUGUGGCAUUGAAUGAGACGCUUGUUGUGAAUUUGUGUAGUAUGUAUGAGCUGGCUUAUGUGAAUCAUGCCGAUAUAAAGAAGACACUUAGUACUUGGAUUGCGAGAGUGGCUCCUGAUGACUUCGAUACUUCGUGUACCAGGAUUUGAGAAUUACAUAAUGUAGGAAGUGUACAUUUACCGUCACGAUUCACUGGUGUCCACCACAUAUAUUGUAGACGCAGUUGCUAGCAUUGCAUAUUAUACAUCCAUCAUGCUCAGCUUGAGGCAUGAGUUCUCUCUAUUCUGGACAAUAUCUACCCAAAAUGGAAUAACGGAAUAAGCUUUUGAUUAAAAGGAUUUGAUUUUGGCUGUUUCUUUGCCUUGUUUGUUUUAGCUUGACAUGCCUAUAACUGUAACAUAUUUUCCAGAGGGAUUUGGAUGAGGAUAUGAGACUUUGUUGUUGAUGCUAUACAAAUCCAAUGAUAAAUACCC